UGUACAUUUUGAACAGCCUGCCAUGACAAAACUGGUGAUUUUCUGUGAAGUGUUUCUUGCGUUGCUGGUCUAUUCUGAAGCCUGUUUAUGUCCGUCUCAACACCCACAAACAAAAUUCUGUAACUCGGAGUUUGUGGUCCAAGCCAAAGUCUUUAGUCGACAAACGUUCAACAGAGAAGGCAACGUAGUUUAUACCGUGAAGAUACUGAAGGAUUUCAAGAAUGACACUCGACAAUAUUCCAAAACACAGAAAAUAUACACCAGUGCUUCUAGUUGUGGAUCAGACUUCGAAUUAAAUGAAGAAUACAUUAUAUCUGGUACCAUUAACGGACAAAAAUGGAAAACCAGCAAGUGUUCUUGGAAUACUAAAACAUCUUUUCUCACCAAAUACCAAAACACCGCUUUGAAUCAUGGUAUCUAUAAGAACAGUUGCAGUUGUAAGGCAGGUUAUUUUCUAAAUGAAAUGAAGCUGAACUUCAAUUUCACAGAUAAACUUUGA